AUGGCCUUCUCGAUAAGGGACUACACCAGAAAGAUGAGGACCAUUAACGCUUUUGAAUGCUGGCCCUUUCCGGACAGGGAGGAACUCAAUCAACAUAAAAUCAAGUCCAUGCUCCCUCCGAUGGCCGUUCCAAAACGGUCAAGAAGUCACCGCCGCCGCCGCAGUAAACACUUAAAUUUUUUGGAUAAAUCAAAUAUAUGUUUCACUGAUGUUGGUGGUACAUCAGCACCUAGGGAGAAUUUAUUUAUUAGGUCAAAUUCGAGGCCCCACAAAAUUGAAGAAAUUAUAGAUCAGAAGAAGGGUAAGGAGAAAUGUUUUCCAAACCCCACGCCACCUCAAUUGGUGGUACCUUUGCCACCCCCACCGCCAUCUCCUCCAAUUCCAACAUAUCCUUCCAUGCCACCCCCACCACCGCGACCUCCAAAAACCCAAUUACUUUCCCCAUCACUUUCGCAGGUCGAGAACAUGUUAACUGUUUUUGUACUUGAUGAUGAAGAAGAGGAGGAUCCACAGAUGGUAAGCGAAUUCAGAAAAAGUAUGAAGAGAUAUAAUGUUGAGCCUCCAAAAUCGAAUGAAGGAUCCUUGACUUUGGAGGAAGAAAAAGAGGAAUUAGAGAUUAAUAGUCAUGUGAUGGAUGCUGAGACAACAAAAGAGUUGCAACCGAGGUUGCCAAUAAAACGAUCAUUAAACAAAAAUCUUAUGAUGGCGUCAAAGAUUAACUUUGCCGUUAACAGGGAGCACGACAUAAAAAUCAAGAUAAAAGAGAAAGAUGAAGAGUUAAUUGCAUCAAAGCUAGAGCUGCAAAAUCCUGGGAUCAAUGGAUCCAAAAUGUUGAAAGGUAGAACUCUGAAGCCAAAUGCAGACAUGAUUGGAAAAUCACGAUUCUUUCCUAAAAAGGAUAAAAUGGGAGUAAGAAAUAACAAUAUGGAGCUGAAUUUCAAUGGUAUGUCAAACAUUAAGAUGAACCAGGGUGAUAAAUCAAGUAAAAGAGGUUCUUGUAAUGGUUUACCUGUGAACCAAGAAAAUGUUGUCGUCGUGAAACAAGAAUUGUUCGAUCCAAUUGUAAGAGAUCCUUUCAUUCAGCAGAAUAAACAAGACAAGGUUUCUCCUAAGGAAAGUCCUGGUGUUGUUUCUACAGGUUCUAGUCUACCAAUAAUUAGUGUGAAGGGUAGAGAUGUUUCGACUAGUAGAAGCAACAAAGAGAAGGAAAAGCAGCAUGUUAUGGUAAGAGAUUUUCCCGUUCGUGAAGAAUCCAAAAGAAGGAAUUACAAACUAGAACCAUACUCGAGUUCACAGUUGCAAAUUUCGUCUGAGAAGGUUUUUCGUCCAAGGAACUUUCCGAGUAAUCCAGUGAUGAAAAAUCCAAACGCGGCAUUUCUGCAAAGUCAUCGUGUAUCUGCAAAUCAAAGACUCGGUGACAGCAGAAAUGCUGGUUCGAAUUUUCCAGAGAAGUUUAGAGCGAGAACUAAUCUUGAAGGACUCGUCUUUCAGCCUCCGUUGAGCAACGCUGAAAUGAAUGAUAGAAAAAGAGGAUAUCAUGAUGCAAGUUCAACUUUAAUGUUACCAUUUUCAUCACCACCAUCAACAUGGCUAUCAUCCUCAACCUCAACCUCAACUCGUGAAAGGCUUUUUAGGCCCACUUCAAGUAACGGUUUUCAUCAAAAUACAUGGAACCUUAAUUUCAAUGCGUCUUCUUCAAUUCAUCCAACAAAGGCCAUGUAUCCACCAAACUUUGUGAAGAAUGCCAAUGUGUGUCAUGUACCAAUUGUUCAACCUGCUCCUAUUGUGAAUCAACCAUCUGCCAUAAAGAGUAGCCAUCACACAUUCUCAAAAUCUAGGAAAAGGAGAGCUGUUGAAAUUAUUGAUUUCACAAAUCCUCAUAAGUUGCCAAAUAUGGGUGCAAGUUCAGAGAGUAACACAGGAGAAGCUGAAACUGAUACCUCUGAUGUAGCAAGAAGUCAUCUAGGGGUUGAUCCCAAUGUUCAGAAAUCGGAGAAGGAUCAUAUAAAUUAA